AGUGUGCUUCACAGUUGCAGCAUGGAGAUCAAAAACACUUUUGUUAUUCACAUUCUAAUGCUGAUCGCAGGAGGUAUUGGGGAAUGUUUGGCAGUGAAGCAUCUCAUAUUGACCGAAGGAGAUACGUUGGUUCUGAAAUGUCUGAAAAACUCCAUUGGGAAUGUUCACAUGGAGUGGAGAAAUCCACAAGGCCACGUCUUAUUUUUCAACAAACAAAAAGGUUUGAAAGACUCAAGGAUCCACGUUUUUUCUCUGAACGACUCUGAAUUCACAAUACACCUGUCCAACAUCCAACUAAAAGAUGAAGGUGUUUACAAAUGUCUAGAGUAUGAUGACAAAAUCAUUACAAAAAGAUACAGAGUAAAAGUUUUGGGUACCCCAAGAAUAGAAAUGACUGAGCAUGGAGAUCAUAAAAUCAUAAAAUGUACAACUGCAGCAAAUGACCACCCACCUGAACUCUCCUGGCUACUGAGUGGGAUCGAGAUUGAGGCCCAACCUAACACAUCAUGGGAAGGUGGAUCCAACAGGUCAUCAGUAGUAAGCGUCUUAAAAGUCAAAACUCAUAUCAGGAAAGCUACAGUGAAAUGUUUGGCAAAACACAGAGCUCUCCCAAAACCACUAGUGGAUUUCAUCAUCAUUGAAAAUGACUCUGUUACAGUUUCAACAUCAAGCUAUUCCAGGACAACUGAUAAACAAAUAACCGAGACAAUGAUCACAGUAACUUCUGCAGCUUUUAUUAGUACAGAACACAUGGAUUUGACAUCAGUUUCAGAAAGGCCUGAAGUGACCUCAACCACAGAGAGCACUACUUUAAAUAGUGCACAAACACAGUACACAGACACUUCAGACAACAAUUCAACUGAAGGAUUCCAGAUACAAAAUGCCACCAGCUCAGAAGGUUUUGUCAUAGAAAACAAACACCAUCCUGACCAUCAAAUUGACAUAAAUCAAAGCUCACCCCUGCUGGUCCUGCUAGUGACAUGCCUGAUUUUAUGUUUGCUUAUUGUCGUCAUCUUCUUUGCAAUCAAACUGCGACGGGCCCAUCUAGCCUGGAAACGAGAGAAUGAAGAAUCCGACCAAUCUGUGGAAAGCAGCAAAUCAAAAUCCAGCCAUGAAGAAAAGCAGGCCCAGGAGAGGAGACGAAAGGGUUUUUGGAACUCGAAUUUCACAGAAUACAAAGUAGAGGAAGAAACGCCACAGAAUGUGACAAAUUCCAGCAGCACAAGAGAAGCAGAGAUCAGAGAAACAGAAGACAGUUCGAGAACAGCAUCUAGCAAGCUUGAAGAAACCUGUGUCAAAGAGACUGAACUUUAGAGGAAUAUUCAGCUGGAUCUGAAUAAGAGACUGAACUGAUUUUGCAGUUUGACAAUGGUGCUUAGUUAGCCUGUUUGAAAAAAAGUUCAAUAGAGGCUGCCUUUUGUAUAUAUGUUGUUUUGUAUUUACUGUAAUUAUGUUUAAAUGUUGUUAAUAAAAAGUUACUUUUGCUAAUGUACAAUAAAGUUUCAUGCUGUUUUAUACUAUUUUGUGCACAUUAAGUUUUUAUGGCCAUGAUAUUUAUUAUCUGUUUUUCAGUAAAAAUUGAAUUCAUAUCUAUGGAGGACACAAGGAAUUGAAAAAGGAUCGUUUUAAGUAAAUAUCUGUAUGAUUUAACAUUCGUCAUCAGAUUGAGAACCUCUUAGAAAAUAACUACUAAUAAUAGCUACUUAUGCUCACUAUACAAAAGACGUGGCACUGCAUUUUCACAAGGUCAUUGAGGUCUUUUGAAGCUACAUUUGUUUUAUUUCAUUUUCAUAUACGGAUACUUGAAUAAUAUAUGUAAGUAAGCGACAAUUUUAAUUUAUCCAUCACACAUUUCUCCUUCAUUCGUGUUUUGCUGUAUCGCCGCAUUAUCGGUGCAUGUUCCGGUUGGUAUUCAUUCAUGUAGAGAGAACAAGCUGUUCCGCAUUGCCCGCGGAUGCGGCAAAC